AUGGAAAAGUUCUCCCAAUUCCGGGACAAAGGUUCCGGCAUCGCUCCAUUCCUUCCUAUCCCGACCGAGCCUGCUGGAUUCGCGUUACCCUUCCACAUAUUCCUCUUCAUCUGUCGUGUGCCUCUACUUCUGGUCUUCGCGCUCUCAUACUUUCUCGUUUUACAAUGGAUGCCCAUUGGUAUCCUCGGUAGAAAAGCUUCUCUCUGGUGCAUAUUGGGUAUUCCGGGAAUAUGGUGGAUCGAUCUGCAAAUCGACGGGGUGAAGAAAGGGUCUCUUGCGCAAAACAAAACAAGAAUUCCCCAAGAAGGCUCGGUGAUUGCUUCAUCAAGCGCUUCGCCGAUCGAUCCAUUGUAUCUGGCGGCCAUUUUCGACCCCGUCUUCGCCGCCACAUACCCUUACACGAGGCUGGUGGAACCUAUAUCUCUGUUUACAGCCAUCCUCCGGACGUUCUGUCACCCGAAGCUGACGCCACCACCUGGCGCAAACCUCAUGGACAUUGAGAAAGUGCUGAGACAAAACCCAGGUCGUGUCGUGGUGGUAUUUCCGGAGUGCACCACGACCAACGGUAGAGGCAUCUUGCCCAUGAGUCCCAGUCUUUUGGCAACCCCGCCACGGGCAAAAGUGUUUCCUGUCUCCCUCCGAUAUAGUCCUGCGGAUGUCACAACACCCAUCCCGCACGCUUACCUGACCUUCCUCUGGAACCUUUGCAGCAAACCGUCCCAUUGUCUCCGAAUUCGCAUUGCCGAGGCUGUAUAUAAUAGUAAAAAGUCCUCGGAUUCAGAUUUUAGCAUCCCAGCAAAGGUGUCACCUUCAUACACAGCAAACUAUUUCGACUCGUUGGUUUCGUCAGACGGUGGAGCCAGCAGCGAUGCAGAUACACUCGUUGGUAGUGGCCUCGAAGACCAAGAACUUUCCAUGACCAAGGAGGAAAGAGCAUUUUUGGACAAAAUUGCCGAGGCGUUGGCGAGGCUAGGGCGUGUCAAGAGAGUGGGACUGGGAGUCAAGGAGAAAGUUGAAUUUAUCGCCAUGUGGACGAGGUCUCGGAAGCGGUGA